AUGCGGAGCGCCGCCGCCGCCGCCACCGCGGGGCUCUGGCUGCUGGCGCUGAGCUCGCUGCUGGCGCUGUGGGCCGGGCUCCCGCCGCCGCGGACUCCACGGCCGCCCGCCGACCGGCUCUCCCCGCGCCCGGGCCCGCCGCCCGCGCCGCGCUUCCCUCUGCCCCCGCCCCUGGCAUCGGACGCCCGCGGCGGCUCCCUGAAAACUUUCCGGGCGCUGCUCACCCUGGCGGCCAGCGCGGACAAUCCUCCCCGGCACGUGCCCGCCGACCAGCCCCGGCCGGCGGCUGAGAGCUCCGCGGUGCACGGGGGCAUCUUCUGGGGACGCGGCCUGGAGGAACGAGUACCCCGAGGCUUUUCGGAGGCGCAGGCGACGGCGUGGUUGGAGACGGCGCGGGGCGCCCGGGUGGUGGCCCUGGAGCGCGGAGGCUGCGGGCGCAGCUCCAACCGCCUGGCUCGCUUUGCCGACGGCACCCGAGCCUGCGUGCGCUACGGCAUCAACCCCGAGCAGAUCCAGGGCGAGGCCCUGUCCUACUACCUGGCGCGCCUACUGGGCCUCCAGCGCCACGUGCCGCCCCUGGCACUGGCCCGGGUGGAGGCCCGGGGCGCGCAGUGGGCGCAGGUGCAGGAGGAGCUGCGCGCCGCGCACUGGACCGAGGGCAGCGUGGUGAGCUUGACGCGCUGGCUGCCCAACCUCACCGACGUCCUGGUGCCCGAGCCCUGGCGCUCGGAGGACGGCCGUCUGCGCCCCCUGCGCGGCGCCCGCGGCGAGCUGGCCAACCUCAGCCAGACGGAGCUGGUGGAUCUGGUGCAGUGGACCGACCUGAUCGUCUUCGACUACCUGACGGCCAACUUCGACCGGCUCGUCAGCAACCUCUUCAGCUUGCAAUGGGACCCGCGCGUCAUGCAGCGCGCCACCAGCAAUCUGCACCGAGGACCGGGCGGGGCGCUGGUGUUUCUGGACAACGAGGCCGGCUUGGUGCACGGCUAUCGGGUGGCGGGUAUGUGGGACAAGUAUAACGAGCCGCUGUUGCAGUCGGUGUGCGUGUUCCGCGAGCGGACGGCGAGGAGGGUCCUGGAGCUGCACCGCGGGCAGGACGCGGCGGCCAGGCUGCUGCGCCUCUACCGGCGCCACGAGCCCCGCUUCCCCGAGCUGGCCGCGCUCGCUGACCCGCACGCCCAGCUGCUGCAGCGCCGCCUUCGCUUCCUCGCCAAGCACAUCUUGCACUGCAAGGCCAAGUACGGACGCCGGCCGGGGAAUUAAAGGCACCCCCUGGAAGAGCGGGAGACCCGAGACUGGGGUAUGGAUGCUGGGGGGAAGGGCUGUCGCCUCUGCCAACCGACCAGGACCAGCCGGCCAACGCCCAGCCAGUGGCCUGGAGCACGAAGGUGUGUAAAAAAAAAAAAAAAAUCAACUUGUGCUUCGCCCACCUGCCUCUUUCUUUUAAACCGUGCUGUUUCUUUCCUUCACAAGUUCAGGAAGGUCAAACUCACCGAGGCGAGAAGUGUACCAUUCCCUCCACCCAGUUUAUAAAAGGAUUCUUUCCUGUGCCCAGGAGGAGAUUGGAUGGAAGGAUGUGGCUGCUGGGGUUUAGCCCCAGAGUGGCUGUCUCCGUGGGAGAUGCCGCCCGUUCUCGCCUCCCUUGCCUUUCCCAAAAAGGAAAACUUCCGUUUGAGCCGUUGAGCUAAUUCUGCAAUUUCCUACCAAACGCAGCGCUGGUGGCCCCGGAGCCUGGCUGUGACAUUGGCUGGUGGAGCCCCCUUCCUGUGUUCUCCCUUUGUUCCAGCGCCGCGAUGGUGAGAUCACUGUUGCGAGCGGAGAAACCGGCUCCGGAUAGGACAAAGCGAGCAAGACCUCCACGCCCUGGGGAGCCCUUUGGACCCUGACCAUUUGGCUCUGACUCAUUCCUGAACUCUUGUCACUGUGGCCUGAAGGCUGUGAAUUCAGGACUAGCUGUGUGCACUGAGUCAACUAAUUAAUUUCUUCCUGCCCCUCCCAGUUGACCAAAAUUUUGACAAUGAUGAUGUUCACCAGAUGGAAAAAAAAAAAAUUGGUUCCAUGCACUUUACUUUGUUUUUCUUUUAUUUUUUUUAAUUAAGAAAAACUUUUUUAUUUGACAGAAUUUGCCUUCUAUGUAUAUAUGUGCAUAAAGUGUGAUGUAAAUAUACUAAACAAACUUAUAUUUCAAUAAAAAGGAGUUUAAAAUUUAGAAUUUAA